UUUCAAGCGCAUGAGAAAUGUAUGUCAUCAUUUCUAAUCAACCGAUUAAUUUUGCAAGAAAACCCCCUUGAUACACCACUGAUAGCCGGCAACCCACAAUCGAAACCAACUUCAACAGUUGGUGUCCCAUCUUCGGUUUCUCCAGCUGGUGGUUUUACCUACGACUCGCCGAACACCCAACGAUCAGACCGAACGACCAAACAACAGACGAUGCCCGGUGAUUUCCAUCCCAGCACGGCCCACACGACGAGCAAAAAGGUACCCGAAGACGAUCAUCAGCAGUCAUCGGCAAUCAUCAGCCGGUAUUUGUGCAGCGAUCAUCACCCACCGGUUAUUGUUUCUGGUGACUAGAACGGAGAUGGGAGAGAGCGUAUCACCCAUCGGACGAUCGGAAAAACAUCGCAUCUUCAAUCUUCGGAGGCAGAUGGCAAAACUCGAAACUCGCACCAGUCGAGUUGAGCCUGCCAACCACUCCGGUUAAUCUUAAACUUAGGAAUAUCAUUUAAUAGAUUGGCUUAAGAAUAAAUUUUGUACUUUGUGCUAAGUGUGAUGUCAUGUCAUUUUAAAUUAUUGCCAAAUAGUUAUUAAACCUAAAUGAAUAAAAUGUGCGUGGUUUCUAUAAGUAUCGUGCGUGUUUUUUAAAACGUUUGUCCGAAACGUGAAACCGUUGCUGGAAUACGGCUAGGCCGUUGUGAUUUGGAUUGGUUGAUGUUGGUGAGCCGUCGGGAUCUGGUCAGAUAACCACUUCGAAGAAAUCAAAGGUACGGCCCCCAACAUUGUGGUCCUUCGAACCGGAUGGGAGCAACCGGAAACCCGGAACACGUAUCGGUAACGCACGAUUAAGGUUUUGGCGCCAUUUGGGAUUGUGGAAAGCGCCAUUGGGAUCGAGGAAAACGCCAUCAUCACAGCAGUGAACAAUUCACUAUUGUGCACCCUUCCAACAAAGGUGCAUUGUUCUGCAUCAUUAGCGUGCCAUUGCAUCUGAUCGGCUUGGCUUGGGUGUUGCAUGCUGAACACCUGCCGAAUUUUUGCAUGUUUUUCGGAGGCCUGGAGGAAUAAUCGAGGAUCAACGGUGAUUAGGCUACUCAUCCUACGGUUGCAUGCGCAACAUUACUGCACGUGCGGAGAUUCCUGUUUUCUCAGGUAAUUAUACAUAAGUGCAGUAUAUGUUCGGCCGUUUUUAGGAUUGCAUGAUAUUAACACACUUCUUCGAUCCCUACUGUGACAUCAUUAUCCGGAGUGUCGUGACGAUUACGGAACCGCUUGGAGUCGGUUCACACUGGGUGAUAUUGGAUCGCUCUGGAAAGGCCAAUUCGACAGCAACCAUCAUCCAUUGGUUAUCGGUGGUGACAAGGUGUUCAUCGCGUUCUGGUGGAAGGUAACAGGGCCGCAUCGAGGAGGUUUUCGGUGUGGAGGCGCCUAGGAUUCGGGUUCGUGGUGGCUAAGGAGCUGCUGCGUGCCAUCAUCGCAGAGAAGACGGUGAUCGUAUUUCGGUUCAGAAGUGGCACGGAGUCGCAUUGAGAAGGCCUCGGUGUUCGUGUUACUUCGAUCGGUGAUCAGCAUUAGCGUGUCUGGCAAGUGAUAGCUGGAUUCGAUCAACGUUGUGGCAAGGGAGCUGCUGCGUUUCUUCGAAAACUAUCUCGUACCGUUUUGGUUCGGAGCUCAGGGCCGCAUCGAGAAGGUUUCGGUGUGGUAUCGUAGUGGCAAGGGAGCUGCUGCGCUUCAACUAACCGUCGCAGACGAGCUGCUUAUCCGGUCCUGGUCCGGAAGUGGCACUGGGCCGCAUCGAGGAGGUUUCGGUGUGGGUGCUGCUCGUAAGUGGUCAUCGGUAGUAGCAAGAGGGCUGCUGCACUUCAAUCAACCGUCGCAGAGAGGUUCUUAUCCGGUCCUGGUCCGGAAGUGGCACUGGGUCGCAUUGAGGAGGUCUCGGUGUGGGUGCUACUUGAACCAUAGUAGCAAGGGCGCUGUUGCGUUCAUACCGGCGAAGGUCUACGCAGAGUGUCAGGCGAAGGUCGCCAUUUUCAACAGCAUCGCACGAAGGAAGAGGCAGCGCAACAAAAAGUUCUCUCGGGUGAGAUUAAUUGAACAGUAUAUGUCCACAUUAGCUAGGGUUUGAUAAUACACUGUUUUAAAUAAAAAUUAUCCUCUUCAAUCAACGUGCUACAACAUCCAUGAGCAACAACUGUUCGUGAUCAGAACAAUUUUGGAACUGCUCGUCAGAGCAAGUCAUCUUCUUUGGAUUUCGCUGGUCGUUAGGUCUGGAUUCGGCGCCAUUACAGGGUUCAUAGGUAAAGUGAACAGUAUAUGUUCAGCCGUUGCAAAAUUUUGGAAUACUACAUCCCAUAUUACUCCUCUUCGCCUGCCUGUUGAUGAAUUCUUCGAGCGUUUGAGCUGGUGAUCAAUUUCGGUUUCUGGGUGACGGUCCACAAAUUACCAUUGGUACAACGAAAGGGUUUCUAAGGUAAUUUGCUGGACAGUAUAUGUUCAGCCGAAUUUUGGACACUUUUUGGAAAUCUACACCCACAUUUCACCCUUUCCGGUUCUGACGUCAUCAUAAUGCCGAAGUCAACUGCAGCUGAGAAGGCCCCGCCGUCGCUGAAGGUUUUACGGGUGAAAUUGAAGGAAAUUCAAACCAGCUUUUCCGACAUUUGGAUGUUGGUCGACGGGUACAGGGAGGAUUCAACUCAGGGUCAAAUUGAGGUUCGAUUGGGUAAAAUUGAUGAGCUGUGGGAAAACUUUUGCGACACUUUAAUUCAGAUCAAGGCGCACGAUGACUUUAAGGAGACUGAUAACUUAUUCGACAAGGAAAGGCAAGAUUUGAGCAACCAGUACUACUUUUGCAAGGCAUUUUUGGUUGAUCGGGCAAGAGAAUUUGCGGUGCCGGAUUCGAUCAAUCACUCUGUUCGAUUGAACGAGUCGUCAGGCCAUAGUGGGAUGGAUCACGUGCGGUUGCCUCAGAUAAAAUUGCAAACUUUUAAUGGGGACAUCGAAGAUUGGCUUGGAUUUCGAGAUCUGUUUACCUCGUUAAUCCAUUGCAAGCCAGACCUUUGUGAAGUAGAGAAAUUCCACUACUUGAAGGGGUGUCUUGAAGGGGAGCCAAAAACCCUGAUAGACUCGCUUCAAAUAACCCAGGCAAAUUACACGAUAGCAUGGAAUAUUCUUUUAAAACGCUACAACAAUAGCAAGCAGCUUAAGAAACGUCAGAUACAAGCAUUGUUUUCCCUUCCCCAUCUUGUCAAGGAGUCAAUAGCUGAUCUGCACGCAUUACUGGAAGGUUUCGAAAAGAAUGUUCAAAUCCUCGAUCAGGUUGUGCAGCCCGAGAACUACAAGGAGCUUCUCUUGGUCCAUCUUCUCUCAACACGGUUGGAUUCUGUUACGCGUAGGGGGUGGGAGGAAUUAUCAGCUAGCAAGGAGACGGAUACUCUCGGAGAUUUGACAGAGUUUAUUCGGCGGCGGAUUGCGGUUCUAGAGGCGCUUCCAUGCAAGGCAUUGGAAUUGAAGGGUGGUUAUCAGCAGACAGCAGGGCAGAAGCAGAAACCAUACGUUCGGGUCAGCCACAAUGCUUCACAUCAGCAGCAACAGUAUCAGCAGCAACAGUAUCCGCAGCAACAGUGUCAACAGCAGCAGAAACCAGGGGCAUGCAUCGUCUGCAAACGGGAACAGCAUGGUGUUCAUCAAUGCCAAAAAUUCAAGCGCUCCACUGUUUCGGAAAGGGUGAAUCUACUUCGAACACAUGGGUUGUGCCGAAAUUGCCUAAGAACGGGACAUCAGGCUCGGAAUUGUCCAUCGAAAUUCUCCUGCAAGCAGUGUAGUGGUCGUCAUCAUUCGCUGGUGUGCUUCCGCUCUGAAAACAACAGUAAUGGCCAGGUUUCAGCAAACGCAUCGAGGAAUGAUUCUCUCUCCGACGAUCAGGAAGCAGAAUCAUCGACACGUGUGGCGAACAUGGCAGCUCCAAUUGGUUCAUCGGUAAAUUCAGCUUCGCAAUUUCGAUCUCGUGUUUUACUAGCGACAGCGGUGGUCAUUAUUGAAGACGAUAUGGGUAAUCAGCUUCCGGCAAGGGCUCUGUUGGAUUCCGGAUCUGAGAGUAAUUUUAUGACUCAACGGCUUAGUCAACGAAUAACGGUUUCUCGAAACAAGGUGGAUGUUUCGAUUCUCGGCAUUGGGCAAGUUGCAACGAAGGUGAAGCAGAAGGUCAGCGCUGUGGUGAAGUCUCGUACCUCUGAAUAUGCUCGUGAACUUAGUUUCCUGGUUUUACACAAGGUUACGGCAACUCUUCCGACAGCAGAUGUCAACACUGAUGGAUGGAAUAUUCCUAAGGGAAUUUCGCUAGCUGAUCCAGCAUUUUUCCAGUCCAAUAGCGUGGACCUCGUCUUGGGAAUUGAGUGCUUCUUUGAAUUCUUCGAAACUGGUCGAAGAAUAUCGCUUGGAGCAAAUUUGCCAGCACUCAAUGAAUCAGUCUUCGGAUGGAUCGUAUGUGGAGGUGUUUCUCAACCGGAUAGCUCGCUAAGAGUCAGCUGCAACGUCUCGGCGAACGAGACACUUGAUAUGCUGGUGUCACGGUUUUGGGAAUCCGAAGAGAUUGGAUCAAAGAGGAACUAUUCCCCGGAGGAGAAUCUAUGUGAGGAGAUUUUUGAGCAGACGGUUCAGCGGAGUUCAAGCGGGCGAUACAGUGUUGCUCUGCCUACGAAAAAGGUUGCGGUGUCAAGGCUCGGUGGCUCCAGGGACAUCGCUUAUCGGCGGCUCUUGGGUACGGAACGUCGAUUUGCCAGGGAUACAGAACUGAAGCGCCAGUACAUGGAAUUUAUGGAGGAGUAUCAUCAACUUGGGCACAUGCGAAAGGUUCCGGCGGAGAAUAUUGGCAAUUUCAGAAGGUGUUUUCUGCCACAUCAUCCGGUAAUAAAGGAGGCGAGUACGACUACCAAGGUGCGCGUAGUCUUCGAUGCCUCGUGCAAGACAUCUUCGGGAGUAUCGCUCAACGACGUUUUGAUGACCAGGCCGGUUGUACAGGAUGACCUCAGGUCAAUCAUCAUGCGGUGUCGGACGAAGGCGAUUAUGCUGGUGGCAGACGUGGAGAAAAUGUUUCGCCAAAUUGAGAUUCAACCCGAAGACAGACCUCUCCAGUGUGUGUUAUGGCGCAACAAUCCGAACGAGGAAGUAGGUGUUUACGAGCUGAACACGGUGACCUACGGCACGAAGCCAGCACCGUUUUUGGCUACCCGUACUCUGCAACAGCUCACAUCAGAUGAGGCAGCUCGUUUCCCCUUGGCAGCGCGAGCGAUGGCGGAUGACACCUACAUGGACGACGUCAUUACCGGAGUGUACAACCUCGAAGAAGCAAUUGAGCUUAGGAAGCAGUUGGAGCAGAUAACGGAAAGCGGAGGUUUUCGACUACGCAAGUUUGCUUGUAAUCGGUCGGAGGUUCUACAGGGUAUACCGGAAGACAAUUUAGCGAUCCCUGGGUUCGUGGAUUUGGAUCCAGAUCCCUCUGUCCAAACAUUAGGACUGACUUGGUUGCCUGGUUCGGAUACAUUCAUGUUCCAGUUCAAUUUGCCUCAAAUCGAGGACUUUAACUUAACAAAACGCAAUGUUCUCUCUGUUAUUGCCAUGUUAUUCGAUCCCCUAGGGCUGAUUGGAGCUACUAUUACAAUGGCGAAAAUCUACAUGCAGCAGUUGUGGACUCUUCAAAAUUCGGAAGGCAAUAGGCUUGAUUGGGACGAGCAACUACCUUCCACGGUGGGUGAGCGUUGGCGAAAAUUUCACGAGGAGUUGUCCUGGCUGAACACCAUAAGAAUUGAGCGCUGUGUUAUUCUCCCCAACCCGAUAGAGCUGGAACUUCAUUGUUUCUCGGAUGCUUCUGAGAAGGCGUUUGGCGGUUGCAUCUAUCUUCGCAGCAGAGAUUCGCAUGGUUUAGUUUGGACUAGAUUGGUUUCGUCGAAAUCUAAGGUUGCCCCAUUAAAAUGCCAAUCGAUAGCACGUCUCGAACUCUCUGGAGCAUUACUGGUUGCAGAACAAUACGAAAAGGUGAAGGAUUCCUUGAAAAUUUCGGCUAAGGCAUUUUUCUGGACCGAUUCGACGUGCGUUUUGCGGUGGUUGCAGGCGAUUCCAACUGUGUGGACGACUUAUGUGGCAAAUAGGGUGUCUAAAAUUCAAUCCAUCACUGAGGGAUGCAAGUGGAGCCAUGUACCAGGUAUUCAGAACCCGGCGGACUUGAUUUCGAGAGGAGUUUCACCAGCAAAUAUCGUGGAAAACCAGUUUUGGUGGAAAGGGCCGGCCUGGUUGCAAGAAUCAGAGGAGAGUUGGCCACAAGCACCAGCGUUUUCCGCUCGAGGAGAAGGAGACGAGGAACUGCGUCGAACUACGAUUGUCAUGGUUGCCUCUGAAACGGAGGAGGUGACCGUCGCCCCAGCCUUUCGACGAAGCGGUGUGGAUUAUUUCGGCCCCGUUUACGUCAGACCCGUUCCCCGUCGUCCUGCAGUCAAGGCCUACGUUUGUAUUUUCGUCUGUUUGUGCACAAAAGCUGUUCAUCUCGAACUGGUUUCAGACUUGACCACUGACCGGUUCAUCCAAGCAUUGCGUAGGUUCGUAGGUCGCAGAGGAAAAUGUGCGGAAAUCCUAUCUGAUAACGGUACGAAUUUCGUUGGUGCCCGUAACAAAAUGAGAGAACUUUUAGAGCUUCUAAGGGAUCGUUCUCAUCGUGACCAAGUAGCUAAGGAGUGUGCGAAUUCCGGAAUACAGUGGAGCUUUAGUCCGCCGAGCGCCCCCCAUUUCGGUGGUCUCUGGGAGGCUGCCGUACGAUCAGCCAAGAAUCAUCUGCUCAGAGUUUUAGGAGAAGAACCGGUAUCACCAGAGGAUUUCAACACGCUAUUAGUCCAGGUGGAAGCGUGUCUAAACUCCCGACCAUUGACACCCUGUUCAGACGACCCUAACGACUUGGACCCCCUAACACCUGCUCAUUUUCUCAUCGGUAGCUCCCUGCAAGAAGUUCCGGAUGAAAAUGUCCUAGAUGUACCCUUUAAUCGACUUAGUAAAUGUCAGCAGGUUCAAAAGCGAUUUCAACAGUUUUGGAAGCGAUGGCGAAGGGAGUAUUUGUGUCAGCUGCAAGCAAGAACCAAGCGGUGGAAGUCUCCAAUUGGUAUCAACGAAGGCAUGCUUGUUGUCCUGAAGGACGAGAACCUCCCACCCCUACGUUGGAAAAUGGCUCGUAUACAACAGACUUACCCUGGCAGCGACGGAGUGGUACGAGUCGUUAAAUUGAAAACUGCGCAAGAAUACAUCGAUCGUCCAGUAGAAAAACUUUCCGGCAACCCACAAUCGAAACCAACUUCAACAGUUGGUGUCCCAUCUUCGGUUUCUCCAGCUGGUGGUUUUACCUACGACUCGCCGAACACCCAACGAUCAGACCGAACGACCAAACAACAGACGAUGCCCGGUGAUUUCCAUCCCAGCACGGCCCACACGACGAGCAAAAAGGUACCCGAAGACGAUCAUCAGCAGUCAUCGGCAAUCAUCAGCCGGUAUUUGUGCAGCGAUCAUCACCCACCGGUUAUUGUUUCUGGUGACUAG